AUUGGUACGACCGUUUGACAUCGCGUUUGUUUUUGUUGUGUUGGGUGGAACUGCCGCAAACAAAAAGUUAAACAGAAGAACGAUGGCGCAGGAGAUCACAAAAAGUAGCUGAUACAGGAGAUGCUGCUGGCCGGAGGAUCUGUCAUCGCUCAGCAACUGGAGGCUAAGAUCAACAACAACCUUCACGCAAAUGCGCAGGCGCACGAGAACUUGCUCGAACUCUUGCGACGAACUCGUGUGGUGGUGCUGGAGGCGGCGGAAGUGGUGCCCAGAGUCAUGACGGCCACGGUGUGGUUGGUGGAGAGCAUCACGGAGGGCCGCACCACCACUAUCAGGCGUCGCGAAUCGGAGAGGUCGGGGUAUCGGGCACGGACCCGGCGGAUCACAUGGCGUUGCCGGAACGUUUAUGCUCGAGAGCAAAUCGCUGCAUGUGGAUGCCUUGAGGCACCAGGUUAACGUGGAGCUGCCGUAUCAUCGCCGGUUAGCUCCAAAGCAUCGUGCAACUAGACGAUACCACCUUCGGGAAGUUUGCAUCUUAGUCUGCAGCAGCAGCAGUAGCAACAAACGCAGCAGUCUUAACUGAUUGGAGUACCUCCAUUGAGUAGCAGUGGCCAUAUGCAGCCACAGGUGUGACAACAACAACACCAGCAGCAAUCUCACUCCGGGCCGUACUACAGAUUGUCAAGGAAACAGAUUGGCCAAUGUUUGACAGAUCCAAACGCGCUGGACACCAACCGCCCUUUACGCCCAGCAAAACUGGCAGUUCCGAUUUAUUUUGCAUCGGCCAAUCUGUUUGCCUUGACAAUCUGUAGGCCGUACCUGUCGCCAAACGAGCAAAACGUCAUCAUACCUCCACAGCAGUCGGGUACACCUUCGAGCGGGCUAGCCGUACUGCUCAAUCCGUGACAUCUUUUGGCUCCGUGACGACCACUAUCACCGGUACGACCAUGAAACCCGGCGGUCCAGCAACAUUUGUUAGACAGUUAGAAAACAAGUUUAAUUUAUUUAUUUAAAUGGUUUCCAUUAUAAAUACACAAUUGAAUCAAAUAAAUAAAUCAAUUAAAAUCAAUAAAAAAAACUGCCAAGGGCCUAGGUUACAUAAAUUAAAUUGAUCAUGCUUGUCGGGACGACUUUUAUGGUGGUCCUUGAAACGCGAACAAAAUGUAAUCACCAUCGGGUCUUCUUGUCGAUCUUCCAAAAUCGAAUCACCAUUCCAGUGAAUUCACCGUAAUUUCCGGAGAUGAAUCCAUCUUUGCGAAGAUCGAAAUGAACGACAGGUCGCGACGCCUGCUGACGUCGUAAUUCUUCGAAUCGUGGUCCAGACUCGGCUUGGCGGCACACGUUCCGAGGUUCUGGAUUAGUAGUGAAUCGCACACGCGGCACAAUCGAACGAAGACGCCAUCGCGUCCCUG